AAACCGUUAUUAUGUAUUUUCUUCUGACGAGAACCUAAAAAAAAAAAAUGAUACCUGUCACCGCCUGUUGCCAGAAGCGCUACCACCGAUUCUGUUUUCCACUAACCUCGUGUUACUCCAUGUUUUGUUCGUUUUUGAUGGGGUGGGAGGGAAAUAGAAAAGGUGCAGCGAGACUUCACAGCGAAUUUUGCUUUUCUCUUUAAACGUUAUUAUUUUUUUCCUACUAUUUUAGUUUUUUAUUGAUUAGCAUUCGUUCAACUGCAACAGCUUCCUUGACCAUGUUGUCCAAGCUCCGUCCGUCUAAUUUCUUAAAGCUUCAAAAACCGUCCUAUUCUACCGAGGUCUAUUCGGACAAUUCAGGGCUGAAAGAGCGCAUGAACGAGCUCAUUCCUUCAAGACGUGCCGAAGUGAAAAAAAUUCGCAAGGAAUUUGGUGACAAAGUAAUUGACUCGGUCACUAUUGACCAGGUCUACACUGGUAUGCGUUCUCUUAAGGCAAUAGUGUGGGAGCCGUCUAUUUUGGACGCGGAAUCAGGAAUUCUUUACCAAGGGCACUCUAUAGCUGAUCUGCAGCAGAAGCUGCCGAAGUUCGGCUCCGAUGGCGAGCAGCCGAUGGCAGAGUCCCUGGUUUGGUUUUUGUUCAGCGGAGAGAUACCGACGAAGGAGCAGGCGCUGUCACUACAGAAGGAGCUCUGCUCUCGUGCUCACAUUCCUGAGUAUACGAAGAAGCUAAUUGAGGAAUUGUCGAGGAGCGGUGUCCAUCCUAUGACGCAGCUCAUUUGCGCCGUGUCAUCGCUUCAGGCACAAUCCCAGUUCGCGAAGAAGUACAUAGAGGGAAUUCACAAGAAUGAUCUCUGGAUCCAUACAUUCGAAGACGCGAUAACGUUGAUUGCCAAGAUGCCAGAGGUAUGCGCAAGAAUUUACGCCAACACCUUCAAGAACGGCGUUUUGGGACCCUUGGCCGACCCAUCAUUGGACUACGUGGCGAAUUUCAUGCGCAGAAUUGGGUACAAAGAUCAGAGAUUUGACGAAUACAUGCGUUUGUAUAUGAUGAUUCACGCGGAUCAUGAGGGCGGAAACGUGUCGGCGCACACCUCGCACGUGGUCGGCUCGGCCUACGCCGACCCCUUUUUGUCCUUUACAGCGGGUAUGUGUGGGCUAGCGGGUCCAUUGCACGGUUUGGCCAACCAGGAGGUCAUUCGAUGGGUAAAGGGCGUGCAAAAAAAGGUGGGGUCGGAUUACAGCUUAGAACAGAUCAAGGAGUGCGUUUGGGAGACGCUGAACUCGGGAAAGGUCGUUCCUGGAUACGGACACGCAGUGCUUAGGCGGGUCGAUCCCAGAUACACUUCGCAGCAACAGUUUGCGCUGAAGUAUUUUCCGGAUGAUCCGUUCUUCAAGUUGAUCGACGACAUCUACAAAGUUACACCAGACAUUCUGAAGCAGCAUGGGAAGACCAAAAACCCGUGGCCCAAUGUGGACGCGCACAGCGGAUGUAUGCUCAUGCAUUACGGGUUGAUGGAGUUCGAAUACUACACCGUGUUGUUUGGCUUUUCGAGAGCGUUUGGGAUCAUGUCGGGCCUGAUUUGGGACCGCGCCUUAGGUUUGUCUAUCGAGAGACCGAAGUCCGUGAAUACCGAAUGGAUCAAGGAAAACGUGGUGAAUUUGGCGAAUAGGACGGCUACGUCAGGUGUUUGCUAGAGGACGAUAAAAGAGCUUUUGGGUGUUCAGUUUUUUUUUGACACCACGAUUCA